CUCCCCUUUCCCAAGGGGCUUCCUUCCUUCCUCCUCCCUUGCCCUCCUCCUGGCCAGCCUUGGACCAGCAGCAGGCACUGCCCUCAGGGCUCCCCUCCUUUGUCCCUCCGUUUUGCAUAGAAGACCGCCCUCUUUCUUUCCAGCCGGGUCCGGGGGGCUUGGGCUGGGCUGAGGAGGCGAUGGCUUGGGGGUCUGCCCCCUUCGGCCUGGCAGGGCCAGGCGUCCCUUGGGGCUGGAGGGAGGGGACCCCCCUUGGGGAGGCCGAGAGGAGCCCAGGGGAGGCGGUGGGUGGCGGGGAAGGGCUGAGGUGGGAGCGUCCAGGGCGGUAACAAAGGGAGAUAAAAAGGAAGGGAGCCGCCGAGAGAGAGAGAGGCGGCUGGAGGGAGAGAUAGCUGCCUUGGGGCCCGGCCAAAAAGGACCACAGAGGAGAGGAAGCAACCAACAAGGAGACACCCAGCAGCAGCAGCGGCAGCAGCAGCAACAACAACUCCGAGUCCAACUUCCAGUCUGAAGUUGAUCUCUCCAACCUGAUGCAUCAUCAUACAUUAUGGUUAAUGUCAACUCAUUUAGAAAAUGUAUAUACGUCCUUCUGGCUUUUAUUUUGGUUCUGACUAUUUGUUUGUGGAAGGAAACGCGAAAGGGACUCUAUUUUUCUAUACGGCCAGAAAGUGGAUAUGACAACAUACUGAUAAAGAUGUGGAGGUGGGGUGUCCUAAAAGAAGGAACAGUCCAGGAAGAAGCUGUUAAUGACACAAGUAAAGUCCCUUUGUCUACCAAAGCAUCAAAUACUAAAAUUAAUGUUACUUCAAAAGUGACAAAAAGCAAUUUAGUGACAAAACCCAAGAAAUUGCCCAGUUACCUGAAAGUGUGGAACAAGGAUAGUUCAUCCCAAAGCCUCCACCCAAGACUACAGAAGGCAAGGAAAACCUAUUUGCAAAUUAACAAGUAUAAUGUGAAGUAUUUUGGUCCAAAGAAUACUAAUAAACGCAAACCUAAGGAGUUAUUAUGCCAACUUCGCAAACGGCUGAACUUUGGGAUGAUAACUGCUGCAGAUAAGCCCUUUAGUACAUCAGAAUGGGAGCCGUAUCUGCCAAAGGAAAACAUCAACAUGGAAUUGGGCCGAUGUGCAGUCGUAUCCUCAGCAGGAUCCAUGAAGUCAUCUCACUUGGGGGAAGAAAUAGAUAAUCACGAUGCCGUGUUGCGGUUUAAUGGGGCCCCUACCAGAGGGUUUCAGGUUGACGUGGGAGAGAAAACCACGAUUCGGCUUGUAAAUUCCCAGCUUAUUACUGUUGAAGAACAGAAGUUUCUUACAGACGUACAAUAUAACUUUGGAACUUUAAUUGUGUGGGAUCCAGCACCUUAUCACUCAACUAUUCAAGAGUGGUAUCGUAGACCAGACUACAAUUUUUUUGCAAGCUUCAAGCACUAUCGGAAAAAAUAUCCUGAACAACCCUUUUAUAUCCUGAAUCCGUACAUGCAGUGGCAGCUUUGGGAUAUCCUUCAAGAGAACUCCCCUGAGGAUAUUCAGCCAAAUCCACCAUCUUCAGGAAUGCUUGGUAUUGUUCUCAUGAUGAACUUCUGUGAAGAAGUGGAUGUUUAUGAGUUUCUUCCUUCCAAAAGGCAAACAAACAUUUGUCAUUAUUACCAGAAAUUCUUUGACCAAGCCUGCACUAUGGGUGCCUAUCACCCACUGCUCUUUGAGAAAAAUAUGGUAAAGCACCUUAAUCAAGGGACAGAUGAAGACAUUUACAAUUAUGGAAAAGUGACUCUAACUGGCCUAAAGAAUGUACAGUGUUAGAAGUAUGAUUUUCACAUUCUUCACUUUGAAGGCACUUUUUAAAAAUAUUAAAAUGUUUUUUAAUGAAGGACCAGCCAACAAGUGUUUUACAGUGAGCAAUUUUUCCACAGAGUACGCCUUAAUUCAUGACUACAAGAUGCACCUGAAAUGUAGAGAAUUCAGUCUCACCUCUAUGAUUGUAGCAAUAGAACAAGGAAUAUGACUUCUUAUGCAGAACUUUGUUGUCAGAAAUGCAUAGUUAUGCUUGCCAUAGCUGCAUUUCUUUAAAAAAAAGCUUCUGAAGAUAUUUGGGCAGUUUCUACUUAAAAGCAGAAAGUUGAAUUUAACAAUGUUGAAGAGCAAACUCAUUUUUCAUCCCUCUGUCUCCAAACAUGCCGGCAAUACCUACAGUGAAGGUUAUAGAUCAGCCUGCCAGAUGUCGUCUUACAACACAAACUUUAAUUUUAAUAUAUUACUUUUAAAACUUAUUAAUAUCAUUUCUUUAGUAAGUACACAAUCUUAUGUUACCAUCCUUGAUCCUCCUCUGGAAGAAAAGAAGGAUGCAAAAGCAAUCAGCCAAUUAUUCAGCCAACCAGUUCAUGAAAUGUCCACAACAAAUGACUGUUCUGAAUGUACAGUUAAGCAUUGCAGAAAACUUUGUAAUUAAAGUGAAAAAAGUUAUUGUCCUCUCAUAAAACUAAAAACUAACAAACCUGAUUUUGGCUGUGUGCCAACUCUACCUGUUUCUUGAUAACCCUGUGCUUGUAACCAAAAAUUAAUUCUUGGCACACAUCCCUGUAUGUAUGUUUGUGAGGCAAUAUCCAUUUUAAAAAAUGACACUGUUAAAGAUGUGAAAUUCCCAUAAAGUUUGAAGUUGUGGGAAAAACUGUUCCCCCCUUUUGGGGGAGGGAAUUGAAAUUUUGUGGGAAAUGGGAAAAGAUCUGUUAUUACCAUCCUUUAAAGUGCAGUCUAUGAACUGCAUGCAGCCCUUGGGAUCCCCAAGUACAACCCCUAGAAACCAUCCAACCUGGCCAUUAAAAAAAAUGCACCAAGUCACCUGAGAUUAUGAUGCUUUGCUUCCUCUCUCCCCUCUGGUCCCCCAGAUCUCUCAAAAAGAAAAAUGACCAAAAAUCCACUAAAAUGGCAGCCAGAAAUGAGACUGCACCAUUUGGGGUCUGCUGAAACAUGCUGGUACUGUCCAGUAGGUGAGUGUAGGGGGAAAUGCCCCUGACCCUUGUGUAGUUGUCAAUCCUGGCUUCAUAGAAAUAAAAUCACAUUGUUUCUUUAAGAACAUUAAAUAUAUAAUAGACAUAAUAUGAAACAAUUAUGCAAUUUUGUUUGACAUAAAAUUACAUUUGGUGUGUUAAAAUUACAAUUCAGUCAAACAGUUGUUACAAAGUGAAUUCCUUCUUUAAAAGGUUUAAAUGUUUGUUAUAAAUGGAGGUUAUGUGGAGCAGUCAAAAAAAGCAAGGAAAAUAGAAGAACCCAUCAUCAUUAGUGAAACAAAAUUAUUUUGUCUCCUUUAGUCUUCCAUAGCGUCAAAGAGGCAUGAAACAUUCAUUCCGAUAAAUAGAACAAGAGAUAAGAAUACUAAGACAAGGAACUGCAAUGAUCAGUUACUGUACAUGGUUUUACAUAAAAGUCUUCCUGUGAGAUAUAUUUUUAGAAAUAAUUUGGUGGUUGUACAUAUAUGAACACUUUGUCUUAAAUAUUUUCUUCAGCAUACUGAAUGAAAAUAUUCCAAAAUAUCUCUUUUUCUUCUUCUCCCCACUCCCAAUUUUCGUUAUUCAAAUUCUUCAAGGGGGGAGGCUUUGGGGGAAUGGGGAUUUUGCCCAGUAGUUUUUUCCCCCUGGUCCUUCACAUCUCUAGAUACUGUUGAAUCUACUAUCUUAAGAUAGAUCUUAAAUCAGAUGGUGAUUCUGCUAAUCAUAUACAAAAAUAAAUUGAUAAUGUUCUGUCUUCUGUUAGAGCUGUUUCCACUUAGCUAGGUUAGGUAUACGAUUUGGCUGUUUGUGUGAGUAUUGUUUAUGUGCUAAAUACAUCUGUAUGUCUUUA